GCACUCUUCCUCGCUCAGCCUCUGUCGCCAUGUCCGCCUCGAAGCGGUUCACGCAGCUCGUCUGGCGCGCCUUCCAGCGCCAACAGGGCCACGACCACAACGCGUUCGGUCAUCUCGUCGUCGUCGACGCAAAGCCCGGGAGGUGCAUGGCAGAGAUGACGGUCGAGCCGAAACAGAUCAACCGCCUCGGCGGUCUCCACGGCGGCUUGAUCGCGUCCCUCGUCGACACGAUGGGCUCGCUCGCGCUCGCGAGCAAGGGCAUGUACAUGACGGGCGUCAGCACCGACAUGAACCAGACGUUUGUUCGAGGGGCCAAGCUGGGCGAGAAGAUCCGCAUCGAGAGCGAGGUGGUCAACAUGGGCAAGACGCUCGCCUUUACGCGCACCGAGCUGCACAGCGCAGAAACGGGCAAGCUCCUCGCGUUCGGUUCACACACCAAGUACAUCGCCGACGCGCUCAAGAGCCCCAAGAACGUCAAGCUGAGCGACGACGGCGAGCAGGUCGUCGAGGGCGAGGAGCCGCAGGAAUGAGGCUCGAGCGAACGCAAGGCGGGGUGCUGCUGGGCAGCGAGGGCCCGUUGUAGAGUUGCACAUGAAUGACUAGAAGCACGUCGAGAUCGCU